ACACUACUCUUAUCCUUGCUGCAAACCCCCGUAAACCACAGCGCGAGCAAUCAGUUAAGCAACAGACUAAGGGAGAAAGAGAGACAAAAGCAGCACCGCAAAGAGCAUGGCAGGAAUCGGACCGAUCUCGCAGGACUGGGAGCCGGUGGUGAUCCGCAAGAAGGCCCCCAACGCCGCCGCCAAGAAGGACGAGAAAGCUGUCAACGCCGCUCGCCGCACCGGCGCCGAGAUUGAAACCAUCAAGAAAUCUACUGCUGGAACAAAUAAAGCUGCCUCUAGCAGCACUUCUCUAAACACAAGGAAGCUGGAUGAGGAAACUGAGAACCUUGCUCAUGACCGGGUACCAACUGAACUGAAGAAAGCUAUCAUGCAAGCCCGAAUGGAAAAGAAGCUUACACAGUCUCAGCUUGCUCAAAUGAUUAAUGAGAAGCCUCAAGUCAUCCAGGAGUAUGAAUCUGGUAAAGCUAUUCCUAAUCAACAGAUCAUUACCAAGCUGGAGAGGGCUCUAGGAGCUAAACUGCGUGGAAAGAAAUAAAAGGAAUCUUGUUGGCCCUUCUAUGUUCAAAUGAUGUUGCAUCGUCCAUUGUCAAAGAAUGGUUUGUUGUACUUGAACUACUUUUGUGUGUCUUUCUUUGUGUCCCCCUUAUGUAAGACACCUCUCUGGAAUUACUUAUCGAAAAAGUAAAAGAUUACUCUUUGGAAUUAACGACUGGUUCGACUUAACCUGAUCUGAUGAGUUUAAUGAAGAUGUGCGUGUUCCAAUC